CACGCGGAAGAGCAGAAGCCAAGCGGAAGAAGUUGCAAGGUAUCCUUGGUAAAAGUACAUCUGAAGAGGAGAAGGAAAACGAUGAGGAUGGUUUCGCUAGGCCUUCAUAUAUAAAGGCAAAAGUCGCCAACAAAGGGGCGUGCAAGUCUUUUUGGAGAACAGAGAAAAGAAUAAGGUUUUUUAUUCGUCACCUUGUAAAAACACAAGUAUUCUAUUGGUUUGUGAUUGUGCUGGUGUUUCUUAACACUGUUUGCGUAGCCAUAGAACACUACAACCAGCCAAAAUGGCUGACGAUCUUUUUAUAUUGGGCAGAAUUUGUAUUUCUGGGACUCUUCAUCUUUGAAAUGUUUAUGAAGAUGUACGCCUUAGGCCCCCGGAUCUAUUUUGAAUCCUCCUUUAAUAAGUUUGACUGCGUAGUCAUUGCUGGUAGCAUAUUUGAGGUGGUUUGGUCCAGUGUUCGAGAAGGAUCCUUUGGUUUUUCUGUACUAAGAGCUUUAAGAUUACUCAGGAUAUUCAAAGUUACCAAAUACUGGUCUUCUCUCCGAAACUUGGUGAUUUCUCUCCUUAGUAGCAUGCGUUCCAUCAUCAGUCUUCUCUUCUUGCUCUUCCUUUUCAUCCUUAUCUUCGCUCUCCUAGGGAUGCAACUAUUUGGAGGGGCCUUCAACUUUCCUGAUGGCACUCCAUCCGCCAAUUUCAACACUUUUCCUAUCGCCCUCCUCACUGUAUUUCAAAUCCUUACGGGCGAAGACUGGAAUGAAGUCAUGUACCGAGGAAUCGAAUCGCAAGGAGGGAUCCAAGGAGGGAUGAUCUAUUGUUUGUACUUUAUCAUCCUAGUUCUCUUUGGAAACUACACCCUUCUAAACGUAUUUCUUGCCAUCGCUGUCGACAACCUGGCCAAUGCUCAAGAACUCACUGCCGCUGAGGAGGAAGAGGACAAGGAGCGGACAAAAGAGGAAUUAGAAAAGGAGGACUUGCGUGGCAGGAACUCGGAUCCUCCUCAAGUCAACAUCUAUCCUCCUUCACCACAGAACAACUCGGAUCCUCCUCAAGUCAACAUCUAUCCUCCUUCACCACAGAACAAUUCGGAUAGUAGACUCAGACAGUUCACUUAUGCCCACGAAAACUCAAGGAAUUGGAAGGAGAACCAGGAGAACCAGAUCAAUGUAGAAAUGGAUAAAAGGUCAUUCUGUGAACACGAGAACGUUCAGCUCUCAGAAGAUGAAGAUGAGUACAACGGUCCAGAUGAAGAAGAAAAGAUGAAGGAUGAUGAGAUCACGGGACCUAAACCCAUGUUGCCAUACUCAUCAAUGUUCAUCCUAUCAUCCACAAAUCCGAUCCGACGCUCCGCCCACUAUAUUGUUAAUCUUCGUUAUUUCGAUCUAUUCAUCAUGAUUGUCAUCUCACUCAGUAGUAUCGCCCUAGCGGCAGAAGAUCCAGUAGAUGAGGACUCCAAGAAGAACCAAAUUCUGAACUAUUUUGACUAUGUUUUUACUGGAGUUUUCACCAUAGAAAUGUUGUUAAAGGUAAUAGAUCAAGGUGUAGCUUUUCAUCCGGGUUCUUACUGUCGAGAUCUAUGGAACAUUCUGGAUGCCAUUGUUGUGAUCUGUGCUCUCGUCGCUUUUGUUUAUGCAGGGAGCAGUACAGGACAAAAUCUAAGCACCAUCAAAUCCAUGAGGGUGCUUCGUGUUCUCAGGCCUCUAAAAACCAUAAAACGGGUACCAAAACUAAAGGCGGUGUUUGAUUGUGUGGUGACGUCACUUAAAAACGUGUUCAACAUCCUUAUUGUGUACAUUCUCUUCCAAUUCAUCUUUGCUGUGAUAGCCGUACAGCUCUUCAAUGGCAGAUUUUUCUUCUGUAAUGACGAAUCAAAACUCACCAAAUCUGAAUGCGAAGGAGAAUACUUCGUGUUUACACAAAGUGGAAAGCCACCUGAAGUUCAGAAACGAGUCUGGGAGAAACGGCCGUUUCAUUACGAUGAUGUAAUGUCCGCCAUGUUAACUCUUUUCACAGUUUCCACUGGAGAAGGCUGGCCUGCGGUUCUACAAAACUCCAUGGAUGCCACAUACGAAGACUAUGGUCCCCUACCAAGGUUUCGGAUUGAAAUGGCGAUUUUUUAUGUAGUUUUCUUCAUUGUAUUCCCAUUCUUUUUUGUAAAUAUCUUCGUGGCCUUGAUCAUCAUUACUUUUCAGGAACAGGGGGAAAAGGAAUUGGAAGAGGGAGACCUUGACAAAAAUCAAAAAUCAUGUAUUGACUUUGCCCUGCAAGCUAAACCACUUCAACGGUACAUGCCAAAAAAUAAAGAUGGUGUGAAAUACAAAAUUUGGAGAGUUGUUAUUUCUACUGGUUUCGAAUAUUUUAUUAUGGUUCUAAUUGUUCUCAAUACUUUAUUGUUGAUGAUGAAGUUUUACAAGCAGAGUAAGGUAAUGGUGCUUACUCUGCACUACACGAAUGCUGUCUUCACUGCUUUCUUUACUGUUGAAUGUGUGUUGAAGCUGUCUGCAUUUGGAAUCAGGAAUUAUUUUCGAGAGAGCUGGAACACAUUCGACUUCAUUACUGUUGUUGGGAGUGUGGUGGAUGCACUGGUGAUGGAAAUAGAGGUCAAUUUCUUCAACGUGGGGUGGUUGAGACUUUUUCGAGCUGCUCGUCUCAUCAAACUUCUGCGUCAGGGGUACACUAUUCGCAUCCUGCUGUGGACCUUCAUUCAGUCUUUCAAAGCAUUGCCCUAUGUCUGUCUGCUCAUUGCCAUGCUUUUCUUCAUCUACGCCAUCAUAGGAAUGCAGGUUUUCGGUAAUAUCGCCCUCAAUCCUGAAACCUCAAUUAUGCGCCAUAAUAACUUCCGCAAUUUCUUCCAAGGACUCAUGCUGCUCUUCAGGCAAGUUUCUUCUUCAUCUGGUCUGCCCGCCCUGCACGUCAGUUCGCAUCGUAUUCAAAUAAUAGACGGAAUCUUGUCAUUUCUUUUAUUUACUUAUACAUCCUAGUUUAUCUGUCCAACAAAUAAGUAUAGGACUCUUCUUUAAUAUAUAUGCUUUCCGAGAGAAGGUUUGGUUUUACUUCAGAAAUUCGAAUCUAAAUUUAAAUUCAGUUGAAUAUUUUCUCUCCAAUCGAAUAACUGUUAAUAAAUAACUUAGUUUGGGAUAUCUAACUAUCUUAUUAAAAGUUGUUUGUAAAUUUGGGUGUCAUUUGAAAGCUAACACUUUGAAACAGUCAUUCACGUUCAACGAGUGUUAUUGUUGGUGUUGUAAGAUAGCCAAUUACACGUGUGAAAACAGGGGUUACGUCACGUAUAAACCUUCAUUUUCUUUAAACAAAAUGGCGUGUCACAAAGAAAUUCUAGUUCAAUUUGUUAUCAACCGUGAUAAGCAAACGUGAGGUCGAAAGAUUAACAACAGUUAUUUCUUCACCGAAUACAUAAAUAAUACCAGUUAACAUAGUUUGUAAAUUACAUCAAAAAUAAACGUGUUUUUCCCCCCCUCCUAAACUGAGUAAUUAGUUGUAAUGUUUUAACAGCAUGCAUGAAGCACUUCUAAAUUCCUUCAUUUUUUGACAUCUACGGAUGUAUGUGGAUAUUCCAUGGUGAACUAAGGUUCGUUUUGAUUAUCUUGUGAGUGUUUUUGAUUCAGUUUGACUCGAGAAGAGUUUUAUAUGCUGGAAACUAUGAAAUGAAUGUAAUACAAAUCUAAUAUGGUUGAUAGAGGCUGUUUAAUUAAAGUUUUCGCUAACUAGAGCUUACUGAGUUUAUAUUGUUCGAUACUUGACAAACUCCAUCAAGACCACUGGGUUGGAUUACAAGUUCGAUGUUUAGCAGUAAGCAGUUCCGGUUCGUCAGUGUCUGAUUAUUACCUCAUCAGACAAUAAACAUUUCAAAGGCACUUUUCUGAUAUUGGGUGUUAACUUUUUUUUUUUAACUCUCCAAACAGCACCUUGGUAUUGGCACCAUUUUAAUACAUUGAAUGUUCAACGUCCGGAAAUAGCCAUGCACCUCAAAAUACAACUGUAUUGUAUGAAUAAAACCAGCCUUAGCUGGGUGUAAGUUAUUAACCAGAUCUAAGGAAUUUCCACUGAACGAAAUGUCUUCAUUACAAAACAUUACACAGGACAAAGGACGAAACAAUAUUGAU